AUGUCUGAAAGAUCUCAGAGUUUUAUUUCAGAGGGGAGUAGCCGACCGUGCGACUUCAGCCGAACCAACUCUUACGCCGUUAACCAGGGGGAAUUGGGGGGCGCAGGGCGCCUUCAACUCCCCCACAGAGUCCUGCAAGAGCCGAGUCUCCUCUUCAACAAGACUUCAUACGGCGGAAUCACAUCCCAAAACCUUUGGCCAAUCCCGCCGGUCAGAGACUACAGGGCUUCUGACCUGCAGCUGGGAGAGUUUGGCUAUCCUAGACAUUGGUAUCACUUCGCCGAACCAGAGUACACCGGACAAGUCCCCGGGGUAACAGCAGCUACCCAGCCUGCAGAUAGUCCCCCCAUCGCCGCGUCCAGGAAGCAGAUGAAAUUGCAAGAGGUGAAGACCGAAAAGGACACCGGGGACGCGUGUUCAGACGUAAAGGUUCAGCAGCAUGUAACACCCAUGGCCUCCAAUGCUGCCCCGCACGGAGUCUACUACUCUGCCCCCUGGAACCCCACGUUUCGCCCUGGCUUUCCAAAUGUCACCCCGCCCGGGGUUGUUGGUCAAAACCCGUCAACAUCAUCUGCCUCAUCACCGUCGCCACCGAGCGAUGCCCUGCCGGGAAAUGCGUUUCCCAACGGGAACUCAAACCAGGCUGUGACCGCGUCUCCAACGCAGUCGUCCGCGGUGGCCCGGAGCACCGGGUCCUCAAGUGCAGUAUGCAGUAACUCUGAGGAGGAAAACGUUUCACAAGAGGAGCUGGAGCAGUUUGCCAAGGAGCUGAGACAGAAACGCGUCGCAUUAGGCUUCACUCAAGCUGAUGUUGGCCUUGCCCUGGGUAACCGCUAUGGGAAACUCUUCAGUCAGACGACUAUCUGUCGCUUUGAGGCUCUCCAGCUGAGCUUCAAGAACAUGUGCAAGCUGAAACCCGUCCUUCAGAGAUGGCUGAAUGAGGCUGAAACUUCAGACAACCACGAGGAUAUGUACAAGACUGAGCCAGUAGUCGUGGACACAAUAAAAAGGAAGCGAAGAACCAGUUUUGACGACUCUGUGAGAGCUGCUCUGGAGGCCUCCUUUAUCAAGUGUCCAAAGCCAAACCCUGAAGAGAUCACCCGCAUCUCGGAGGACAUUGGCCUGGACAGAGAGGUGGUGCGUGUGUGGUUCUGCAAUCGCAGGCAAAAGAGAAAGCGCCCGGCUUUGCCGCUGGAUGAGGAGUGUGAGGGCCAAUACUAUGAGCAGAGCCCUUCUCCACUUAACAUGGCCCCUUCCCUCAUUCCCAGCCAGAGCUAUCCUGCUCCCAGUUAUCCCGGAGCCCCACCUACAAUCUACAUGCCCCCACUUCACAGGCCUGAAGUUUUCAGGCAGGCCCUCCACCCCGGACUGGUGAGUCAUCUGACUGAUAUACAUGUUCAUAUUGGCAGCCCAUUUGCUGGUCGCACAGCCAACGAUGCUCCAGCUGAGAUCAGUUCGCUGUGCAUACAGAUGAUUUCCUUCACCGGACAGGAUCUCCCUUGGAAGAAGGGCUUGUUGGCAGUUAUAACCGACCAGAAGGCCUACCUCACAAUCCAAUGGUGGUGA